GCACCUCUUUGGUGUGGUGAGAUGGACAGCUCGGACCGAAGCCACGCGUGGCACGGCAGUCGCACGGGCCGUGCGUGGCAGCUUGGCGCGCAUGGCGAACCACGGGGCGCCCGAGCCGUGUGGGUGCUCCUCAGCUUGGUGUUCCUUUGGGAUGCGAGGCUUUGGGUCUUCACCAAUCCGCAGAGGUCGACGAUGCGCCUUUGGCGGAACAAAGUGCCUAAGGCUGAGCGCAUUGACUCCUUGCAACUUCACCUCCAAAAGCUGCAGACGAAAAUGGCACAGACGAAGACGUGGCAAACCAUGGAUGCAGUGCCAUUCUGUCGCGCCCUCGAGGCGCAUGUCGAAGCCAAGCAUCCCAACGAGACAGAGGAGCAAGUCUCCCAACGCUGCCACAAGCUCUUGCGCAAGCUGGGUCGAGCGAUGCGCCUGGGAUGGGAGUGGGAAUUGUUGGGCGUCGAUGAGGACCUUCCGCGGUCCGACAUGGCGACUUUCACCGACUUCGAGACGGUGCUGCAGCGUUUGCUGAGCUUGGGCCAAGAGAAGCAGGCCAACUACCGUCGCAUCAAGGCGGGGGAUCGUCAUGGAGCUGUGGAGAUGCUCAAGCAGGAUAACUUCAGUGACAGCAGUGUGCCAUCUCCGCAGGAGUACUCCAGAGCCGUCGCCUCGCAAGCGUCUACUGUUUGGCACCGGAAGGCCAUGUCCCUGGCCGUUGAAGUCUUGAAAGAAGCCCAGGUGGAGCGUGUGCUGGACAUCGGCACGAGCUUCAAUCCGCUUCAGCACGUCUUUCCGCACGUCACGGCCAUUGAUGUCGUCCCUGGAGAUCCCAGUGUUUUGAUCGGCGACUUUUUGGAGGUAGACCUUCGUGAUGAUCUUUCAGAGGCUCUGUGGCAUGGGGAUCCCCGGCAGCUGCUUGCAGUUCCCACAGAGCAUUUCGAUGCAGCGCUGUUGUCGAUGGUGCUGCGGGCGCUGAGCCCCACCUUUGGCACCGGCCACAAAUCCCGGCGCCGGCGGAUGCUACAACGGGCUGCCCGCUGUGUGCGGGCAGGCGGGAUUCUGGUGGUCGUUGAGAGGUCCACGUUGUGGAAGAUGGUCAACGCGCCUUUCCAGGACAGCUUCUGGACAAAGUCACGGCUACGUUGGCGCAAGACGUUGCGUUCCGUGGGUUUCGGGACUAAUGUCUACAUUUUGGAUCGCUUACCGGGUGUGGUGGAAGAUGACUUCGAGCCAGAACAAAAGUUUGUCCGCCUUGGUUGCGCAAUGACAUGGCGUUUGGAUCAAAAUUAGUUUACUUUGAGAUCGUGAACAUACACUAUAUAUAUAUAUAUAUUGUGUUCAUCACGGACAAGAGGACAAGACUACUGCACUUUCCCUUUGG